AUGAAAGAAAUUCUUUUGAUUCUGUUUUCGUUGAGUUUUGCGAAGGGGAAAAUUUACGAACUAGACGAGGAAAAUCCGUCAUUUGCCAUUCAUGGAUGGUCGAUUGGACAAGAGAAAGUGGAAAUCAAUGUGAAAGAUGACAUCUCUACGACACUCAUUCUUGAUUUCUCCAAAAUUGAUUGCUUGGAUAAUGCUGACAAUUAUUUAUCGGAGUCAAGCCUGUUUUCGGUUUGUUUUGAUCCGAUUCCCUUUACUAUCAAUGAAAACACAUUGAAUAGUGGAAUGUGCACCGAGACUUUACCAUAUGAUUGGGAAUUCAAACAUUCCCUUAUCAUUUGCUCGCUCAAUAUUUCGUCUCCGAUAACUAUCGAAAUUGGGAAAAAUGUUAUCAACUAUGAUUUUGCCAUUUCAGUCCGAGUACGCAAAUGGACUGACGCUUCAAAAAAAGCGUUACCGAUUCCAAUGUUUGCGAUCAAUGAUUUCUUCUACAAUGUUCUAAUUGAUGGGAACACUGUUGCACAAAUGGUCAUGGAUCCAAGGAGUUACAAAGAUUCUCAAGGCCCAUUUUUUCAAUUUGCUCCGACAGUUGAAGCGUCACGUUUACAUCCAGGGUCCGUACAGAGCAAUCAAGAUCAUAUAUGCGAGUUAUAUCAGAUUGAUUUUACUUGCACGAAAGAAAGCACUUAUUCAAUGAACUUCGGACCAAUGCUUGGACUAAAGAAAAAAGACGGUCAAUCAUUCAUUGUUGGCCACUCACCCAACAGCGAUACCAGAAGCAUUCAAGCUCGAAGCAAUGUUGUCUCAAUUUCGUCAAGGGAUAAUUGCAGUUUUUGUUUGGCAUUCUCCUCGACCCAAAAUUGGCCAGGCCAAACAACGUUCUUUGAGAUGCAACUUGGCGAUGGAACGAAGCUCAAAAAUGUCGUGCAAAGUUAUGGAUAUCCUUCUUUUAAAGGAGUUGAUGAUGAAGUGAAAAGAAGUCUAAUAAUACUCGCAACCUAUAAAAAUAUGAUGUACAAUGUGAUGCAAAGUGAAGUGGAAAUUAUCUCGAUGAAAGGUGGAAAUCUCACGGUCAAGAAGCUUUACACAUAUAGUUCUGCUGAUAAAAGUGAUUUUGGAUGCGGAAGGCCCGAUCCUUUGGAAAUGGUCAAUUUAACUUCGGAUUGCGAGCAUUACAAAUUCAAUAUCACAAAGGGAUGUAUCAGGCUUGAAUGGUCUCCAAACUCUGCUUCCGACACAACAGCCGGCUUUCUAUUGACGGUCACUCCGGGCAUUAUAAACGUCUUGGGUGACGCUUGGCGGCUCGCUUGCAGUGCUAAUAGAAAUUUCACGUUGAGCACGAAUGAUCCUCCAUUUGCUCUCAAUCAAGAAACACUUUGCUCUGCGAUGGGUGACGAGAAUGGUCCUAUCUGCCUUUCAGCCGAAUCUUCUUGUGAAAACUGCUCACUUUUGUUUGAUAUUGUAAUCGAAUGUCCACUAAUUACUUCUGUGACACUUCAAAAUCCUAUACAAAAAUGUUCACCAAAUCCAAUGUUUCCAUACAUUCUCAAUCCUGACUAUCCACUGUUAGAGAAUUGCACCGAAGAGUAUCUACAAACAAAGAUAAAUGAUCAGAUUUUGAAUCGAACUUUUCAACGAUGUCAAUUGAUCAUUGAAAGUUCGGUGGUGCUUUUAAUGACAAGUACAUAUAGAGACAUUCAAAAGAAGACUUUUUUCACCGUUCGAUUACUCGAAUCUCUUGUGACUGAAACCGAUGAUUACCGACUUCAACCAAUGCCUUUUGAUUAUCACAAUAGAUCACAGCUUCAAUGGUUUGGAUACAAAAAGAAACCAUCAACAAAACCAACUUGGCUUACACUUAUAUGGAAUCCGGAAAUCGAUUAUAAUUUCAAAUUUUUGGAACGAUUGUACACAGAUCACAACGCUCAAGUUUGCGAAUACAAGCUUCUACCAGGAAAUCCUUCAAAAACCAAAGAACCACUCAUCACAUUUAGACAGUUUUCCUGU